AUGCCGCUCACCGGAGUGGACCACACUCUCACCGAGUACGGAGCUGAGAACAUGACGACAGCGUCUUUUAUGAUUUUCAUGAUUGUGUAUCCCGCAACUCGUCGAGAGUGUGGUUGGCGAAGAAAGAUGGGAAAGAAAGAAACCAAGUAUUUCAUCACUAGCCGACGUGCUGUCGCUCAUGGACGAAGGCUUCUACGCCUACCUAAGGAGAAUAGCGAGGGUUUCCUUACAACUCCAUUCCCUUUGCUUGAUCUCGAUGCUCCUGAGGCGAGACAGGCACAUACCGAAUGGAAGGAAGGGGGCGAAGGUGGGCAGUGCUGGCAAGCCGCUUUCUUCCCGGCAACCUUCCCGGCCACCUUCCCGAUAACGAGGUACCUAGGUAGUCGCGAAGUUGUGACGCCACGAACUGCCAACUGGCAGGGAAGGGUUCAGAAGCCCAACACGACAGUCACCGCCGAAACACUGUCACCAGUGACCACGUACAUGGUCAUGGACGUGGUCAAAGCUACCGCUUGCACAGCACUUCUCACCGCACAUCAUGGGUCUCUCGCCGGCAGAGGCCCGCACGUUGCGAGCGGAAGUCUUUCCCCGGUGCGCCACGGCAUCGUUCUCCAUCCCUCCGUGCCAUCUCGCAUCUCGUCGCCGUCAAGCCUUCCACAGCACCUCUGGCAUUUUACAAAGUACAAGUAG